CUGCCGGUCCCGUCCCCGCCGCGCCGGGCGCGAAGUUUUCAGGACGUUAAGAGCUGCAGGAGUGUAAGGGGAAUACUUGCUAAACUCUGCCUCCUCUAUUAUUUAUGUCCGAGCAUGAUUUAUGAGGAAUCAAAGAUGAACUUGGAGCAGGAGAGGCCUUUUGUCUGCAGUGCCCCAGGCUGCUCACAGCGUUUUCCAACAGAGGAUCAUCUGAUGAUUCACAGGCACAAACAUGAAAUGACUUUGAAGUUUCCUUCAAUAAAAACAGAUAAUAUGUUAUCAGAUCAGACUCCCACACCAACGCGCUUUCUGAAGAACUGCGAGGAAGUCGGCCUCUUCAACGACAUCGACUGCUCCCUGGAGCACGAGUUCAGGAAGGCACAAGAAGAAGAGAACAACAAAAGGAAUAUCUCCAUGCAUAACACAGUUGGAGGAGCAAUGGCAGGGCCUGGGUCCCACCAGCUGACAAACACAAGGAUGCCAAACCACGACACCAGCGUUGUGAUUCAGCAAGCCAUGCCGUCUCCACAGUCCAGUUCCGUCAUUACGCAAGCGCCUUCCACAAAUCGGCAGAUUGGGCCUGUCCCAGGUUCUCUGUCUUCACUACUGCACCUACACAACCGACAAAGACAGCCCAUGCCUGCCUCUAUGCCUGGCACCCUGCCCAACCCCACCAUGCCAGGAUCUUCUGCUGUACUCAUGCCUAUGGAGCGACAAAUGUCAAUGAACUCCAACAUCAUGGGGAUGCAAGGGCCGAACCUCAAUAAUCCGUGUGCUUCACCUCAAGUUCCCCCAAUGCAUUCAGAAGCCAAAAUGAGAUUGAAGGCAGCACUGACUCAUCAUCCUGCCGCCAUGUCGAACGGGAAUAUGAACACCAUGGGCCACAUGAUGGAAAUGAUGAGCUCGCGACAGGACCAGACACCACACCAUCAUAUGCACUCACAUCCUCAUCAGCACCAGACACUGCAACCUCAUCAUUCAUACCCACAUCAGCACCAGCAUCCGGCACACCAUCCUCAUCCUCAGCCUCAUCACCAGCAGAACCAUCCCCACCACCACUCCCACUCGCACCUUCACGCACACCCGGCACACCACCAGACCUCGCCGCACCCACCGCUGCACUCGGGCGGGCAAGCACAGGUUUCGCCGGCGGCGCAGCAGAUGCAGCCCACGCAGACGGUACAGCCACCACAGCCGACUGGAGGUCGCCGGAGGAGGGUGGUGGAUGAAGACCCAGAUGAGAGGAGGCGGAAAUUUCUGGAAAGGAACCGAGCUGCUGCCACGCGCUGCAGACAGAAGAGGAAGGUCUGGGUGAUGUCAUUGGAAAAGAAAGCAGAAGAGCUCACCCAGACAAACAUGCAGCUUCAGAACGAGGUUUCCAUGCUGAAAAAUGAGGUAGCACAGCUGAAACAGUUAUUGUUAACACAUAAAGACUGUCCGAUAACAGCUAUGCAGAAAGAAUCACAAGGAUAUCUAAGUCCCGAGAGCAGUCCUCCUGCAAGCCCGGUCCCAGCUUGCUCCCAGCAGCAAGUCAUCCAGCACAACACCAUAACGACCUCCUCCUCCGUCAGUGACGUCGUGGGAAGCUCCACUCUCACCCAGCUUGCCAGCCACAGAACAGACAUCAACCCCAUCCUUUAAAAGUGGUUGAUCAGAAACUGCUGGGGGAGUGUGGUACCGUAUCAAAGCGUCCUCUCUGCUAAGGACAUUUGCAACCGUAACUCAAGCCUGGAAGAUUCCUCAGUUCUUGAAAGACUCUGGCUAUUCAUUUUUAUAGUUAUUAAAAUGUCUUUUAUACUUAGUUACAUGAAAGGGAGUUACGCAAUUAAUAUUCUAUCAGCUUGAGAAAUGCUUUGGUGCUUUCUCCAUUUUUUUGGUACCAGUUACUUGUUUAUAAACCUAACUGUUUCUGUACAUAGUCAUGUUUCCUUCUCACCAGUCUAGCCUGCAGCCUCAGAAAUACAAAGUUGUGUUAAACUGCAGCUUGUUAGCCAAUGUGAGGCAUGAAAAGUACUAAACAGAGUCAAACAUAGGUAACUAGGAGUAAUUAGGCUAUAAAUAUAGACCGAGGGCAUCUGCUGACAGCACAAUAAAAAAGAGUUAGCGUUGUGCUAUCAGCAGACUGCGUCUCGCAUUCAGAGUCUCUUUCAGAGCAGUUAUAUAGGAUGUGGCUUCAGGACAAAAUCAAGCCCAAAUAGCAUGCUCUUUUGUCUAGCCCCCCCCCGCCCCCCUUCUCCUCUUUCCCCUACCCUGGCCUUUUUCUCCUCCAGUUAUUCUCACACCUUCCUUUUCCCUUCCCUUUUCAUUUUCCAGCUGUUUUUUUCCUUGCUUCUUUUUUUUUUUCAUUCCAAGAUUUUCUUGCUUCCCUCUUUUUUCUCAAAGAAUGGUAAUGAACAAGAAAACUUCAAGCCCACCUAAAAACUGUCGGCACGGCUGCUGCUUUCACUAGCUCUUCACCCACAGUUGGGCUGCGCCAAGCAUUUGGCUUUUGAAAACUACAAAUGCUCCUGAUUUAGUGUUUUUAAUAAAUAGGGAAAGGUGAAAACAGCAAAGCUGCAGGUGAAGCAGGAUGGUGAGCCAGCUGGGUUGAUGCUAGCAGCCCUGUAAGCUUCUGUGAUGCAGUAGAGGCAUAGCGAGCAACACCUGAGAGUCACAGCAAUUUUUUGCACUGCCAGUCAUUAAUGCAGAAAAAUCCAUGUAGUAUAUAAUAAUUCGGAAAAGUUCUGUUCCCUAACCUGGUUACGUUGUUCUAGCAAUGAAAGCUAAGCGCCUCAGGCUUCAUGGGCUAUAAAUGAGAAAUAAAUCAGUGUAAUGGUUCUGACCAGUUGGAAAAAUGCCAUUUUUAAUUCCCAGGGAAAGACCUGGUCUCUGCAGGCAUCCCUUUAAACUUUCACGGACUGAUCCCAAGCUGGCAGAUAGUGUAGCUUCACUGACUUUAAUGGCACUUAACACCCGCUUACCACGGGUAAGGAAUUGUUCUUUAGGACGCUAAAUAAUUUUUAGGAGGCACGCAGCGGCUAAAAAAUGCUGCAAGAAUGCCAAGUCCCACACUUGGGAUAAAAUACAGUCCUGCAGAGAGGGUCUGGAAAAGAGCCUUAUGCUACAAUUAAGGUUUUUGUUUGGACUCUGAGCCUGCCCCUCAGCACAACUGAUUUGCAUCCCCGAGUGGUCCCAGUGAUUGAUGGGAAAAUCAGACAGAGAUGAUGCCAGUUAAUUAUGCUGCCUUGCUGUAGACUGGGACCUGAUUUUGCUCUCAAAUCUGUCCGAGGCAAAACCUCCUGCUGCUCACCCAGGGAGCAAGCUCCAUGAUGGUGAAAAAUGUUCAAACAUUUUGAGCUACAUGUUCAAGAGCAAAAUUCACAUUAAUCCCAGCAAAUCCUCUAGCCCCGAACACACUUUGUUCUGAAGCAAAACUCUCUUCCUCAAAAACUGUGUCUUUAGUCUUUGGAGAAGUCAUGAGUUUUUAAAGGGUGAGUCUUCUCCAUGCAGGAGGGAGAGUGAAACAACUGAAGUGUAAGGAGGUUCUGUAAGGAGCAGUGCCUGUCUGGAAGGGAAAGCAAAUUUCUGAGCAUCAGUCAUUGCUGAAUUAGUUCUUAUCUUGGUGACUAACUUUUUAUCAGUAUCCUUUUCUUUAACAGCUUGCUUUCCAUUUAUGCAAAUACAUUCAAAAGAAGAAGAUUUUUAAUGUACAGUGUAAAUCUUGACUUGAUUAUAUAGUCUAAGAACCAAAAAAAAAAAUUAUGAAAAAAUACAAAUGUAAAGGAUUUUCUAUUAUAUUUUAGACAAACAUAUACUUUUAAAGUGUUUUAAAUACUGAAACUAUAAUUUUUUUUAAUCUCCAGUUGUAAUGGCUAAAUGGUUUUGCUUCAUCAUGGCUCCCAAGAGAACUUUUUUCAAAUAUGCAGUCGAGAGAAAUGUUCCAGCUGAGUAUCCACUAUGUGAAAAACCUAAAUAAGCAUUUCCCCCACAUCUGAAUUUCAUCAUUCACCAUCUAAAAGGAAAUGCCAUUGCAGGGUUAAUUUAAAAAACUUUACCUCUAUAUGGGUAGCACUUAAAUACAUUAAAAAAUAAAAAUCAAAGUUGUUGGUAAUAUUAGAAUACCCAGUUGAGCUACACUGCACUAGAAUUACGGUUUAGCUUCAUUUUAUUCAGUCUCCUCAAUUAAAAUAUUUAGCUGUUAAAAUGAAAGCCUCUACAUUAAAAAGGGGAAAAAAAAGGAAAAAAUACAAAAACCUUGCUUAAGUUUUGUUAAAUUCAGCAACUUGACAGUUUGACUGAUGUGUAUUAUAUAUAGCUCAAUUAUUUCUUUUUUUAAUGCUAACUAGGCAAGCCAACCACACAUGUUGGCCUAAAUGUGUAAUUACAAUGAAAUGUCUCCUCUCUAUACUAUUGGCCUUUAGGUAUAAUCCUUGCUAGUGAUGUGGAAAUAAGUAAAGGAUGAAAAGCUAUUUGCUAUUGCUUCUUGUAACUCUGCCGCAGGUUCACAGGCCAAGACAACAUGCAGCAUAUUUAUAUCGGCUCUAUCAUUGGGAAAAGGACCAACCAUACCAGGCACCUUAUAUUAUUCAUCAGAUUUGCUUCCACAUUAAAAUGCUCUUGUUUUCCAGGGGAGUGAUCCUGCAGCCUUUCCUCAAGCUGCUGGUCCAACCAGGCACUGGAGGCUGCCUGAGCAAGGGCUGCGGGAGAAGCCCCGGCCCUGUCUCCAGGAUGUCCCUCUGCCAUGUGGUCAGUGGCAGCAGCCUCUUCCUAAGCACGUCACUCUAAAUGUGCUUCCUGGGCUCUUUCCAUCAAGGAGGAAUCCUGCUUUUCCACAAGCUGCUUCUGGAGACUGCUCCACUUUCCUCUUGCCCGACCAGUCCAGCCUGUUGCCAGGCUCACUAGGCUCUGUGCCCUAUCCCACUGCCAGUGAAGGACAACUCUGACCACUUCCAUCAUCCACUCCCAAGAGCACUUGCAGGAUGGUGAGCCUUGGCCAGUGCCUUGUUCAGGAGGACGUGUUACCAUACCAUAGACAGCAUCUCGUGGGUCUGACCUUGGAAGUAGGUUGGAAAUCUCAGCCAUGGAGAACUGCAAUACUUUGAUCAGAAAGAAAUGAUGCUGCAAUCAGCUCUGGCACCCCCAGCGCGCCUUCCCCAAGUCAAUUUAUGCAAGCCAUAUUCAUAAUGCUGCCUGUGGGAGACAAGUAGUUUGUGUGCUAUCAUGGUGUGUUUUAUAAGGAUAACAACGAUGAUGAUGAUGAUUUAUGGAGAAUUUCAUGCUGUUGGGAGGUAAUUCCUGCUAUGAAGCUAAAUUCUGCUGCCCAUAUUCUGAAUAGUGGAAAGUCAAUGGUUCAGUGCCUCAGUGCGUGUGGAUUUAGUGUUAAUGACUCAGUCCUGUUAACUAACAAGCCAGCUGUAACUGUUGUUAAAUGCCCAACUUUUGAGGAUUCAUAUUUUUUUAAGCAACAAUAUUUAGUGUUGAAGACUAGCCUUUUAGUUUAGGCAAAAUGUGCUUUUUAGCAGCUAAUACCUUUUUUAAAAAAAAAGCGUAUAGAGUGAAUUUAUAAAAAUUCAUGAGGACCAAAGCAAUUUUAAAACAGGAAUCUAUUAAUUUAGUAUUCACAUAGAAUUUUAUAAAGUAUUUAUUAAUAAAUGUUAUUUUAACACAUUCCAUUUGAACAGUAUUCUUGUACAGAAUCUGUUUGUUGUUUUUUUUUUUAGAGUUACAAUAUUAGUUUUGCAAUACACUACUCUAGGUGUGUGUGCAUCUUAAUCUUUGAGGGUCUCAAGCAGAAGUCAUCCAUCUAAGAUGGAACAGUUUGCUGAGGUCAGUUGUACAGAAAUUCCUAGAAUUAAAUGUUUUCCUUAAAGCAGCAUCUGCUUUUUUUUUUUUUUUUUUUUUUUUUU